AAGUUGGCAACUCUCUCUCUGCUUGAUCAGAUCACGUCGAUUUCAGUCAGUUUCACGACUGACGGGAAAUCAGAAGCACCACUUCAUUUUGAUUCGGAAAAAAAAAAAUAAAAAAAAAUUGCAAAAAGUUGUUUAGUGUGUGUUGUUUGGCAAGAUCGCAAUGUGUAUACCUAGUUAAAAAAAAAUAAUAAUAAUAAUUUUACAAACAUACCUAUAUAUAUUAAAUGAAUUGAUUUCUGUUUUUACAAAACCCCAGGUUAUCAUUAAAUAUAAUUGACAGCAACAACUGUCAACCUGGGUAAAUAAAUAAAAAUAAAAUAAAUAAAUAAUCCACUCUGAAGCAAUAUAUUCAUUGUUGAUUUUUUAUAUUUUACACAUUUUAUUUAUUUUAAUUUUACAAUAACUACUAACGUCACUGGAUAAAUAAUUUGUCGUCACGAGAUUCAAUUUGUUUGAUCUUGAUAUACGCAUUGCCUUGACAAAUAAUUAACUUAAAAAAAUUGAAUAACAAGUUAAAUAACAACAGUGUUCAAAUAUUAAUAAUAAAAACAAAUAAACCCCGAAUAAGUCAAUAAUUUAUACAACAUAAUUUAUUAAUUUUUUUAAAGGAUAUUAAUAAUUGAAUGAUUUUUGAUUUUUAAAAUAUAAAUCAUGCCUCUGUUCGGAAAAUCACAAAAAAGUCCGGCUGAGGUUGUUAAGGCCCUGAAAGAAGCGGUCAAUGCACUGGAGCGUGGAGAAAAAAAAGUUGAAAAGGCUCAAGAAGAUGUUAGUAAAAAUCUUGUUCACAUAAAAAAUAUGCUUUAUGGAACUGCUGAAACAGAGCCACAAGCUGAUAUUGUUGUUGCUCAACUUGCCCAAGAAUUGUACAACAGUAAUUUAUUACUAAUGCUUGUACAAAAUUUAAGUCGUAUUGAUUUUGAGGGUAAGAAGGAUGUCGCUCAAGUAUUUAAUAAUAUAUUGCGACGACAAAUUGGCACAAGAUCACCAACUGUUGAAUAUAUCUGCACAAAACCAGAAAUAUUAUUUACACUUAUGUCUGGUUAUGAACAUCAGGAUAUUGCAUUAAAUUGUGGUACAAUGUUGAGAGAAUGUGCACGAUAUGAAGCACUUGCUAAAAUUAUGAUUUAUUCUGAGGAUUUUUAUAAUUUCUUUAGAUACGUUGAGGUAUCAACAUUUGACAUUGCAUCUGAUGCAUUUUCUACUUUCAAGGAAUUAUUGACAAGGCAUAAAAUACUGAGUGCUGAAUUUUUAGAAGUCAAUUAUGAUAAAGUAUUUUCACAUUAUCAAAGGUUGUUGAACUCGGAAAACUACGUAACUCGUCGACAGAGUUUAAAACUACUGGGGGAAUUAUUACUUGAUCGACACAAUUUUGCUGUCAUGACCCGAUAUAUAUCGAAUCCAGAUAAUUUAAAAUUAAUGAUGAACAUGCUUAAGGAAAAAUCACGCAAUAUACAAUUUGAAGCCUUCCACGUAUUCAAGGUAUUUGUUGCAAAUCCAAAUAAACCAAAACCAAUAUUGGAUAUAUUAUUACGCAAUCAAGAAAAAUUGAUUGAGUUUUUAACUCGCUUCCAUACAGACAGAUCAGAAGAUGAACAAUUUAAUGAUGAAAAAGCAUAUCUUAUUAAACAGAUCAAAGAAUUAAAGUCUGUCCAUGAAAAUUAAAAAUCAAUUGUUUUUUUUUCUUCUUUUUUUCUUUUUUAAGUUUUAACAAUUUACAAUUUUGAGGAUUAUUUUUUUUUUUUUGUUUUUUUUCACUGUAGUUGUAAAUAAAAUUUACAUCCAGAUUUAAUUAAUUAAUUUACUACUGUAUAAUACAGACUCAAAACAACGUAUGACAUACUCCAACGUAAAAAAAUAAUUUUAUGCAAAAAAACCACGAGAAACAUAAUGAAAUUUAUUAGUAAAAAAAAAAAAAGAAAAAAUUUAUUACGAAUGAUUAAUCUAAAAAAAUAAACGUAAAUUAAAUCGAAUAAUACUAGCCUAGUAUGGCAGCUACAAUAAAAUUAAAAAUAAAAAAAAAAAA